AUGGGCUUGUGGAACUCCUUUUUCGCACGCAGGAUGCCCUCGGUCAACUCUCUCCACGUCGAGGGUCGGCGAUUGCUCCCUACGUAUAGUACUGACUCGGUCUCUCCGGGCUUGCCAGCGAGAGAGGUCACAAAGGUUGCGCUUCGUCUCAAGUAUCAGAUUGAACAAGUCAUUCCUUGUGAGCUGGACGAAUCUAGCAUUACCAAUCCCAACAGCAGCAUCAUUACCAACGAUGUUAAACGCACCGCAGAAGCCGCUGGCGGAGAGGAGUACCGCUCCUGCGUUGUAUUUUGUCUCUUGGUGUGCUCAAGAUGGUUCAAACUCCAGGCUAUCGACGAACUCUGGGACGCUGGGCUUCUCCAAUGCCGAGCAAUUGCAUGCGAAGUCAUUGCCAAACAAAUAAUUGAAUCAGAGAAGGAUGAGAACUGGCUGAUGAAGGAAGCGCUGCUCAAACGCUACUCCAUUCUUCGCAAAGGUGAGGAAACAGAUCCCAUGAACGUCGUCGAACGUGCUGUGGAUAUGCAUGCCCUAAGAGUGCUCGGGUCGUCUGGAUACCAGAAAUGUAUCAAGUAUCUCUGGAGAGGCUGGUUUGUGCAAGAUGAUGAAGACCCUUCGCGGUUCAUCGAGUACGAAGACAAAGACAACACGGACUACUGGACACAUCUCAAUCCGGACAGAAUGAGGGUACCCAUGUACCAGAAUGUCCUCUUGAUCUUCUUCUCGCUUCUUUACUUGGGUCUCUACACUGCCGUUAUCAACACCGUGAAUCCUAGCGGAGACAUUGAUGUCGCAGAAGGUCUUUUAUACACAAUGACGCUUUCUUAUCUGUUGGACGAACUGAACAAAAUAAUGAAGAUCGGCAGAUACUACAUCGGUUUUUGGAACGUCUUCAAUUUCACUCUGUACACGCUCCUCGCGGUCUCAUUCGUCCUUCGCAUGGUUGCACUUGGGCAUUCGUCUAAUGUCGACGACACAGAACGCCAGCACUUCAAUCAGCUGAGUUAUGACUUCCUAGCAUUCGCGGCUCCCAUGUUUUGGAUGAGGUUACUAUUGUUCCUCGAUACCUAUAGAUUCUUCGGUGCAAUGCUAGUUGUUCUUAAAGUCAUGAUGAAAGAGAGUUUGAUCUUCUUUGCCCUGCUGUUUGUUGUUCUGGUUGGCUUUUUGCAGGCCUUUAUUGGAAUGGACAACACCGACUUUGACAUUCCUGUCACCGGAAAGAUCAUACAAGGAAUGGCCAAUACUAUCAUGCAGAGUCCGAAUUUCGAGGAUUUUGAGGGGUUUGCCCCGCCAUUCGGCAUCAUUCUCUACUACAUCUUUAACUUUGUUGUUAUGAUUAUCCUACUCAAUAUUCUUAUUGCGCUAUACAAUACCUCCUACGAGGAUAUCUCGGGCAACGCAGACGAUGAAUUCAUGGCCCUAUUUUCAGGAAGGACGCUUCAAUUUGUGCGAGCUCCGGAUGAGAACGUUUUCAUUCCACCUUUCAACUUGAUCGAAAUAUUUUGUCUGAUACUGCCAUUUGAAUGGUGGAUGAAACCCGCUAUCUAUGAGCGUCUCAACAACUAUGUUAUGGGCGUACUCUAUUCCCCCUUGCUUGUUAUUACCGCCUCCAUUGAAACACGCGAGGCACGUCGAAUUCAGUGGAAUCGGCAUUGUGGUGAGGCCGAUGACAACAUUCAUCAAGAGUGGGAAGAGCUCGCCGCCGAUGUGGACUUUGAUGCCACGGGCAGCGACGACUGGGGGAAAAUUGUGCACAAGACAAAGCCCAAUGUGGAGGUUCCCACGACGUUGCUCGAGAUCAGAGAACUCAAGGAUCAGGUCAGGGCUCUGACUGAGUCGAUUCGGGCUCUUGAGGCGAGACAGGAGCAAUCCGUCGUGAAUGGGGAGUUGGGCAAUGGCGCUACGUCCUAA